AUUGGCUGAUUCCGUCCUUUAUUUGAAGCUCCGCCCCCAGCCCUUAACUAGCCUCACCCCGUGUUGUCAGCCUCAGUUGGCGCUUUAAGUCCCAGUGGAGGUGGUUUAGUCUGAAAAACGCCGGAUCCUGAGGAACAGAUGCGCUGCAGAGCGGACCGGACACUCGGAGCACCUGGAAAGGUUUAAUCUCCAACAGGAAGGAGGAACUUAUCAUAUCAACCCCAGAGCUGUCGAUGGACUCUCUGAUAUUCUAGUUAUUUUCUUGCACCUCCCUGGAUAUUGUUUUUUUUUUUUAGUUUAUUUAUUUGGUUUGAAGCGUUAGAAGAAGUGCUGCAGGAUGGAUGUGGCGGCUGAUCAGCCCCGCUGGAUGCCCCACCACGCCGUGCUGAACGCACAGCACCCGGACUCUCACCACCACGGCCUGGGCCACAGCUACAUGGAGCCCGCGGCGCAGCUCCUGCCUCCGGAUGAGGUGGAUGUUUUCUUUAAUCACCUGGACUCACAAGGAAACCCGUAUUAUCACAACUCUGCCCGGACCAGGGUGUCCUACAGCCAGGCGCACGCUCGUCUAACAGGAUCGCAGGUCUGCCGGCCUCAUCUCCUCCACAGUCCGGGUCUUUCGUGGCUGGAAGGAGGGAAAGCCGCCCUGUCUGCCCAUCACCACAACCCCUGGGCCGUGAGUCCCUUCAGCAAGCCCAGCCUGCACCAUCCGGGGUCCGCGUCCCCCGGUGCGCUCCCCGCUGUGUACCCGUGCAGCAGCAGCUCUAACAUGGUCUCCGCCUCCCCCCUGACGCCGCCGUCCCAGACCAGCUCCCAACUGUACGCGUUCCCCCCGACACCACCCAAAGACGUGUCCCCGGAUCCAGGAGCUGCGUCGCCAUCCUCCACCUCGAGGAUGGACGAGAAGGAGUCUAUGAAAUACUCGGUGUCGUUACCAGAGGGGAUGAAGAUGGAGGGGUCGAGUCCGCUGCGGGGUAGCCUGACCUCUCUGAGCGCGCAGACCCCCUCCACCCACCACCCCAUGCCCACCUACGCCUCCUACUCCCUCCCCACGGCGCACGACUACGGCGGAAGCCUGUUCCACCCGGGCAGCCUGCUCGGGUCCGCGUCCGGCUUCACCUCCAAAAACAAAGUAAAGGCUCGGUCCUGCACCGAGGGCCGUGAGUGUGUGAACUGUGGAGCCACCUCCACCCCUCUGUGGAGACGGGACAGCACCGGGCACUACCUGUGCAACGCCUGCGGCCUGUACCACAAGAUGAACGGCCAGAACAGACCCCUCAUCAAACCCAAGCGCAGGCUGUCUGCCGCCAGGCGAGCAGGUACCUGCUGUGCUAACUGCCAGACGACCACCACCACUCUCUGGAGACGUAACGCUAACGGGGACCCGGUGUGCAACGCCUGUGGCCUCUACUACAAACUACACAACGUGAACCGGCCCCUGACCAUGAAGAAAGAGGGAAUCCAGACACGCAAUCGAAAAAUGUCCAACAAAUCCAAGAAGUGCAAGCGGGCGUGUGACAGCUACGAGGAGUUUUCCAAAAGUCUGCAUGAUAAGAGCUCCCCGUUCUGUGCCGCCUCUCUGGCGGGUCACAUGUCCAUGGGCCACUUGCCCCCCUUCAGCCAUGCUGGACACAUGCUGCCCACACCCACGCCCAUACACCCCACCUUCGGCCACCCGCACCACACCAACAUGGUGACGGCGAUGGGCUGAGGAGGCGGGUUCCCAUGUGACUCAGAGUGUUAUAUGUGUGUGAGCUGAAAGGACUCAUCUAGGUACCACAUCUGAUGACACACACACACCACACACACGCACACACACACACACACACACACACACACACACACACACACACACACACACACACACACACACACACACACACACACACACACACACACACACACACACACACACACACACACACACACACGCACACAAACAAACAAACAAACACACACACACACACACCCUGGUGGACUGCACAGGGGGUCAGCAGGUUAACGGUUACUGUGAUUAUUGUAAAUGGGUGAAAAUGGACAGAAAAAAGCAUUUUGCUACUAAAACUUGCUGGUUGUUUGAUUUUUCUUGUUCUGUUUUGCUCUUGUACAUUUUUUUUACCAAAGAGCGAGAAAAAAAAGUUUAUGAAUUAUAAUUGGACACUGUUUAUAAUGAAUAUUGUUAUUGUAAUUAAUAUUGUUAUUCAGAUAAUUUAUUUUCACUAUUUUUUCUGAUCAUAUUACCUGAUUCUUAACAUGGAAGAUGUUAAAUAUCCCAGUUAUGAGUAUAUUUUUAACUUUGUCUGAGCUGGUCAACAUUUUUACUCUGAGAAAUAAAGAGAUUAAGUUAA